AUGACUACCCACUGCUCGUUUUUCCAUGAUAGAGAUUUGAGUGAAGCGAUCGGAUACUAUACCGAUUUACAAAAACAAGAAGAGGAUCACCAAACUUUGAAACAAUAUGUAAAUUUGAAACUCUCUGCUUCAGGUCUUCCAUUGUUCGGAAAGAUUGAUAAGUUGUUGCAAAUUACUGAUCCACUUCUCAAUGCUUUCAAGGAACAUAAUCGUCUUUUAGAAAAUUAUCAAUGUCCAAUCGAUAGACGUAUUCAGAAUUUUAUCGAUUCCUAUGCUCAAGAUUUGAAAGGAAGCUUGGACAUGAAUGACAUUCGUCUUCCUUCCAAUACUUUGGAGUUGGAUAGGGCCGGAAUGGCAAGAUUGUUGUCACUUCCUGGGGAUGGUGAUUAUUUCGAAAAUGAAAUAAUUUGCAGCUACAGGCUGAAGCAAGGUGUGCUGCAUAAUCCUGUUAACGACAGAAGAACCACACAAGGAUCUUUUCACAUUGCACAAGGAGGAUUGUUAAUUCCUGCAGACAAGAAGGAAGUUCCAAAACUCACUUGGGCUCUCCUCUUGAAAGCUGCUGUCCAUCCACCAGAAUCUUACAUGGUUUUGCCUUAUACCAGUCAACAAGAAGAAGAGAGAAGAGCCAAAUGCUGGGUUUCAAUCAUGCUUCGUCCACUCGUAAGCCCAGCAGUUCCAGGAGAGUCUGAGGAAAAGACCAUGGAGUGUAGAUUCUUUGCUCCAGGUUCUUUGGUUUCUAAUCUUGAUUUCAUUGAAUCAAUCUUUGGAAAUGCUGGUCAUGCUUGGUAUACUGAAAACGAUGCUGCUUUGGAUGUUAAGCGUUGGUCAGGUCAUACUGGCUGUGUCAUUUUGGCUCCUCAUUUGACCAAGAUCACAAAGAAAGAACUUGGUUUGCCACACAUUUCACAAGCUACCGAAAGACAAAAGAGAGAAGGCAUGUGUUAUGAAAAGGAGACAGAAUGUUACAAUGAAGGAGAAGCAUUCAAAAUCACUGCAAGAACCAGCGAUGGAGUUAUUUUGACCAUCAUUGCUGACAAUUACUUUGGCUAUUGCAAGAAGGAAGUCAAGUCACAAAUAACUUAUGCUUGCAAUUUGUAUGGUAAUUGUGAAGAAGAACAUAGUGGUGGUGCAAUUGCAUUUCCAUCUUACUACUUGGGAGAUACCUUUAGAUUGAAAGAUUUCCACAUUGACGAACAGUAUACUUUCAAACAAAUGAUUGAAAGAUGUAACAAGAGAAUGGAGAUCCAAAAAGAGAAGGGUUACGCGCUCGAUAAGGUUUACUCAGACAUUAUUUAUGUUCCUGAAGAUGCGUUCUUUACUUUGCACGGUCAAACCAUUACAUGGUCUCAUUACGAAACUGGAGAGAAGAUCACAAUGAAAUUGAAGCCAUUUAUAACCUAUAUCUUCCCUUCAGGAUACCGUGUCGAAAUGAUUCGCGAGAAAUCAGGAUUCUCUCUUAUUGGCACAGUUGGUACAGGCACCUAUUGUCACAAACCAAGUACCAUCAGUGGCGGUGGUAAAAGUGAAAUUAGCAAAUCCAUUGCUGAUGCCAUUAUUACAGGUCCAGUCAUUGUUGCUAACUUUGUUAAGGAUCUCGAGGAAGUGGAAAAGCUUAUUAACAUGGAUUACAGUAAGAGAUUUAAGGACCCAUCCACAGUUGACACUCGUCCAGUCCUUAGCUCUGAAAGAUCUCUCGGAAGCGUUGUCAAGUUAUUGACCCCAAGCGAACUCUUUACCGACGAAUACAACCAUUGGUUACAUUCCAUUCCAUCAUACUUAAAGCAGUUGCUUUUCGUUAUUAAGAGUUUGUACAAGCCAUCCUGGGAGGGUAAAUGGAAGGAAAAGUUUAGUGUCGACUUGGUCAACGGUUCAUACGGUAACAGCUUAAAGUAUAACAGAGAGCCAGUCGUUGGACAUUACAUGCGUGUUGGUUUUGAAAGCAACUCAUGGAGAACCUUUGAAUUAAGAAAAGACUUCACUCCUGCUUUCAAGAUACAGACCGAAGACGAUAUUACUGCAUCUGUUGUAGUUCCUGUUAAAAAGUUGCAAAGCACCUAUCUUCAAGCAAAGCAACGAAAGGGUCUCUCUGUCAAGGUUUCCAAGAAUGUCGAGUUUAGAUUGUUCCAAAGACCAGAUGAUUGUGUCAUCAGAGGUUAUGAUAAGAAGGCUGAAGCUGAUUUGGCCACCCCUAACACUUUCAUUUGUAACUUUGAAGCAUUGAAUCAACAAGGUGUUCAGGAAAUUCUUGAUGACAAUAUUAAUUUCCUCUCCUACACCAAACCUCAAAGAGAUCUUCUUGAAGAGUUUGCAAGAGAAGGAAAGCCAACCUAUUGUGUGGCAUCCUCCCAUACCAGAGUGGUAGGACCUAAUCAACGUUCCAAGAAUCCAAGAUAUUUACAAAACAGCGAGGAAUUAACCAAACCAAGAAAGUAUUAUUUAGCUGAAGUGUGCACUCGUUUGCAUCAAGUUCUUUCACCUUCAACAUCAGUGGUUUAUCCUGUAGAUGCAGUCAUUUCUGGAAGAAGAAACAAUCCAGAAAGUAAGGGAUGUCCACCAUUGUGUGUUCACAAUCCAAUUCACUACUUUGAGUUACCAGAAUUAUUCAUGGAAUAUAUUAGUUCAAUGACGGGAAGAUCACCAUCAACCACAGGAUUUGGUUCUGAAGGUGCCUUAACAAAGGGUCCCUUCUGUCCAAUUGUUCCCAUCACUGAGUUGAACACUGCUCUUGUCUCCAUGUUGGUGACUGGAUCUGAUGGCUUCUUCUCAAGCGCUGGUACAUUGGGUUCUAACUAUCGUGUGGACCAUGAUAUUUCCCUUCUCAUUCCAGAGCUUUGGUGUAGAAUGAGACCUGAGGAACGUGAACCACAAUAUCUCAUCAAGAAUGAAAUGUUGGAAAAGAUGAACGAUUUCGAGUAUAAUGGAAAAGUUGUGAAUGCAAGCAGACUUGGCUAUCGUAUCACUAAGAAAUUUGUGAGAAACUUCUUUGGUCGUGUCUUUACCAAUCCUGGCUCUGUGUUCACAGAUGACAUGCUUCAACCAGAGAAGCAGUCGAUGGAGGUUUUUGUCAAAUCACUUUCUAUUAUUUUGGAUACUUAUAGAGAUGUUGCUCGUUAUUACUUUGAAGAUGGAUCUAUUGAAGGAGCUUGUCCUCCUCUUAAGGCAGUUCUUCAUGUCAUGGCUCAUGGACACUAUGAAGGAAAGAGUAUUAAUGAUCCAGAAAUCCGACAAUUGUUUACUCUUGAAUCGUUAGUAGAAAGUAGCUGGUAUAAGGAAAGACUCGCAACUCGCCAACAAGUGCUUUUGAAACAACUUGAAAAGAGUAAGGAAUACCUCUUGAACUUUACCAAACAACCACAUUUCAAGGAUUUGCGAGGCAAGCUCAAGAUUGAUGAGAAACUUGAUUUUGUGGAGAAGGAACUUGCUAGAAUUUCUGACAAGUCUUAUUUGGAAGAUAUUGUUGGAUGCUUAGGAACUGAUCCUUACAUGUUCAGAUCUAACAACAAGCAAUAA